UCACAAUUGAUGACAGUGAUGCAACACCGUGGCCAGUUCUGGGUCCUUGUACAGGUGAACUAUACUUGUUUGAACAAAAAUUGAUUAAGUGGUACAAUCAUGCCGAGAUCUGUUUUAGUGAAACAGAAGGAAUGCUUUCAAUGGGCAGUGGCUGUGGGUAUAAAGUGCACAAGGUGGCACAACCUCUACGAGCAAGAAAUUUCGUGCGAAGAGAAAUAUGUUGGCCGUUCAGAUCAUCCUACCUGCAGUGGAUUCCAAGAGCAAAAACUUUGCUGUAAAUAUUCGCACAAUUGUGGAGAUCUACACAAGUGUACUUCUUCUUUCUGUUGUAAAGCUGAUUCUGGUGAUGAGACGACCACCUAUAUCAGCCCAGCUACCCCGAGCUCGACUGUUCCAGAAGCAGAAUUCAUCCAAGCACCAGCUGAAAUCACCCAAGCGUCGGU